CACUAUUUUAUAUUUUUUUUUUACUCCUCACUGUUACAUACCAUAAUUUAUAUAUACACAAUUUUUUUUUAUUCUCUUCUCUAAAAAAAAAAAUGUAGAUUCUUUUUUCUCACAAAAGAUACCAUGCAAUUUUAAUUCCAAGAAAACAAAAACAACCGCGAAAAAAAAAUAAUUAAAUAAAUUAUAGGUUAUUAUAAAAAUAAAUAAAAAUAGAAAGAAGACAAUAAAGGAGAAAGGCGUAAGCCUUGAAGAUUCUUCUGUUCUAUGUUAGUAAGUUCCUCUCACCUCCGACCUUAUAUAUAUAUGAGUACUCUUUCCCAUUGUUCUAACUUCAAACCAAAUACUCUCUCUCUCUCUCUAUCAUCAGUAAUGGCGCUUCGGAAAAUGCUAGCGAAGCGUCUGUUAACCGGUCGCAGACUAAUCACUCCAGAAAUCUCUCUUUCAAUUAAUACGAUCGUUCCAAUCAACGACGCCUGCAACGCGAAAUUCCACCGGGAAUAUAUAACCUCGCCGGAUUCAGCAGAGAAAGGAUUUUUCCGGCGAUUCUUUCACCGGAGAGCUCCUGACAAAUCAGCCACUCGGCUGCCGGAAUUUCUGUCCUUGCCGGUCGGCGAAAAACUCCGGGAGAAGCUCAGAGGAAGCGACAUUAUUAGCAGCGAUCGCAUCCGACUCGAUUGUCUGAUCAGUCCUCCUGCGCCAGAACUCAUCAGAGCCGAUGAUGAAUCUGAUAUUUUCGGCUUAUCGGUAGACGACGCUAAGAAGAUUCUAAGGCUUGCACAAAUGGAGAAGCUGAAAUCGAAGCUCAGAGCAAUCCCAGAGAACUUGAUUUCCUAUUCUGAGUUCUUUCGAAUCUGCGUUGAAGAUUGUGAGAACGAAAAUCAAGGAGCGGAGUUCGCAAAGACACUAGACGAUACUGGAAACGUCAUCGUUUUGGGAAACGUCGUUUUCCUCCGCCCAGAACAGGUGGCGAAAUCUAUGGAGGCCAUAAUUUGUGAGGCAGUGACUAAUCCAAACGAUCCAAGAAGAAAGGUACUGGAGGAAAUGGAGAAACAAAAAUCGAUGAUCGACCAGAAAGCAAGAGAAUUGGUCCGUGGGGAGCUUUAUAUUGGGCUGGGCUUCGUACUGGCCCAAACACUUGCGGCCAUGAGACUAACCUUUUGGGAGCUGAGUUGGGACGUGAUGGAGCCCAUAUGCUUCUUUGUGACAUCGAUCCAUUUCGCUUUGGGCUACGGCUUCUUUCUCCGUACCUCGACGGAGCCAACUUUCCAAGGCUACUUCCAACGCCGCUUUCUCUCCAGGCAAAAACGGCUCAUGGAGAUCCAUAGCUUUGAUAUACAAAAGUACAACAAGCUUCGAGAAGCGUUUUACCCAUCAACGACGACGACGUCGUUUCAUCAUGGCCUUGUUUAGGCCUUUAUGGGAUUUGUAAAUGUAAUUGUAAUCAUCGUUGAAAGAAGAGUAGAGGGACGGUUAACAGUUGAAUAACGUACUACGAACAUGUAGGUAGAGCAGUAAAAUUUUGGGUAAAUGGGAGUGUGUGGUGUGGGUGAAAAAGUUUCAUGUAGAUAACUGUAAAAAUUGUAUAAAUAUAGUUUGGUCAUUAGAGUCAUGGACGGUUUAAGUUCAGUUUGGGUCACAGUUCAGUUUUAUUAGAGUGAUCUGACAUGGAAGGGCCUUCCCUUAUUAGGCUGGAAUCUGGAUUAUGGAGUUUGGACUUCUUCUACUUUAUUUUUGGAAAAUUUACAAAUUUAUAUAUUUUAUAUUAA